GAAAUAACAAGCACGCCUUUAAUGAAAGAAUAGAGCCUUUUUUAAGAGCUUACUCAUCAAUUAAUAUUUUCGAAUGGAGAAUGAACCAGUCACAGUGGAACCAGUCCCACACUUGAAUACACAAAGUGAUAUUUCAUCCAACCAUGAAGAAAUACAAGGGUUACAAAGAACAAAAGCACAAGACACAGUACAGUUUCAGUCAGCAGACUCUAACCAUGACCUUGAAAAGAGCUUACAAAACCUAGAAGUUGUUGAACAUGUUGAAGGAGAGACAACAGAAAAUAACCAGGAUCAAAGACAUGAAUCACAAAACUUACAUGCACAUGAGAAUAAUGGCCAAGAAAUAGGUGCAACUGGAGGAUAUUCAGCAUUUUCAGGAAUACAGCCAAAAGAAGCUGAUGACUUGCAAUUUUGGGAAAUGUUAACCGAGGAAGUAGAUACAGAUGGGAUGUUUAACACAUGUACAAUAGACACAAUACUGACAAUAAUGACUGUUUUACAGUUCAAAAUUGGUCCAAUUCAUGACUUCUUCAAAAAUUCAAAUCAUAGAAUAUAUAAGGCAAAUAGUACUUUGCCACAACUUCUUAGAGACAAACGCUUUUCUGACAUGCGAAGAUUGAUUGCUUUUGGUAAAAGCCUUGAUUCAAAGGAUUAUGCUGAUGAUAUCAAUAACUUGUUACAACAGUAUGUCAUAAAGGAAGAGUUUGUUACAGAUUGUGCUAAAUGUGGGUUUAGAAGAUGGGAUGAAGUCAAAGAAGUGGUAAAUUGCAAGGAUUAUAGAGAAAAGGACAGAAACUGCAUUCCUGAACAAAUGCAUGAAAAUCCUCCCAAAUUCUUUAGAGAAAGGCUAAGAGAUUAUUUGAAUUUCUUCUUCCUCCACAACAAAAGUUCCACUGGUAAAACUGCAUAUUGUCGAAAGUGUGGAUCUGAAAGAAAAAUAACUUAUAUGGUUGAAGGCAGUGAUGGUAAUCCUUCACCACUAUUCAUAGUAAUGCUUCCUAUAGACGGUUCCACUGAAAGUGGAAAUGUAAUCUGGGAAGAUGUUGUAAAAGACAUAUCUCCACUCUGUUGUUUUAAUUAUGAGUAUGUAGUAGGAGCUGUUAUAGUUUUUAUAGAGAAUCCAAAUGGAUCAGAAACCAGUUCCAACUGUAGUGACAACCAAGAAGAACAAAGACAUGGAAUAAUAGCUGACAAAGAUGAUGAACUUUUAGGACAUUAUAUUGGCCAUGUUUAUAUUGUUAAUCCAGAGUAUGGAGAUAUUAUAAAAAAAUAUGAAUAUUGUAACUCAAGAGGGAUCAAAGAAGUGAGAGAAUUUGAAGAAGAAGGGGAUUGUGUAACAUUUUUACUUUUUCGAACAAAAUAAACUUAUCUAAUCCACUGGUAUAUAUAUCUUCAGAUGAAAAUGGGGAUUGCUUAAAUUUCAUUACACUCAUUUUGCCAGAAAGUCGUCCAAUAUAUUGAUACUUCCUGUUUUUUUCUUAAAUACCUGAAUAGGAACUCCUUUAAAUUUUUGUACCAUAUAAAAGUUUAAUUUAUACAAGAUAUAUUUUCUACUGGUACAAGGAACAUUUACUGUCACUUAAUAAUAGAAUUUAUACUGAUGAAUUGGACUAAAAUCGUGUUAUUUUUAAGACCCAUUUAUGGGCAUGAUAUUUUCUGGUCUGUUCAUCCAUCCGUCUGUCCUGUUUCAGGUUAACUUUUUGGUUAAAGUUUUUGGUUAAGGUAGUUUUUGAUGAAGUUGAAGUCCGAUCAACUUGAAACUUAGCAAACAUGUUCCCUAUGAUAUGAUCUUUCUAAAUUUAAUGCCAAAUUAGAUAUUUUAUCCCAUUUUCAUGUCCACUGAACAUAGAAAAUGAUUAUGCAGAUGGGAUAUCCGUGUACUUGGCACACAUUCUUGUUGCUUUUAAAAAGAAGGUUUUGUCAAAAAAAUAAAACACAUUGUCAUUCCAUCUUAUAAAUCAGAAGGUCUUAUUCUUUCUGUAGAUCUGAACUUAGUACCAAUUUAGAUCAACAAAUUACAUUGGAUAUCAGAUGAACACUACACCCCUGUCCCAGGUUAAGGAAGGGUUGAGCAAUCACACACAUUGUUAACCUCAUCAUAUUUUGUAUGUUCCUGUAAUUAAGUGUCUUAUUUGUUUUUGUUAAGUGUCUAUUUAUGGCAUGUUGUGCCUUUAAUAGCUUAUUAUAUAUAUGAGCAUAUUAUUUUAUAUACAUUAUACAAUACUUUAUGACAAGAAAUAUAUAUGUUCAUCAAUUACAUUGAUACUAAUUUUUAUAUGCUGCUUGUGUAAGAAUACAAUUUAAAUAAAUAAAAAAAUAAAAGCUGCAACUUUUAAUUCAUUAUCAGUAUGAUUGAGAGUUAAUUCGUGUGUGAGAUAUUUUUUUUGAUUUUAUCAUCAUGUCGGCAGCAUUGCAAUUGAAAUGGUAUGGGGUAAUCAUUUGAUCAGUAUGUCAGAUCUAUAUUCUCAUCUCUGGGCCAAAAUUAUAAUUUAGCCCCUUUUUAGACACCCAUAUACGAGACAUAUUUAUUUAUGUUGUCUUAAGUGUAAUUAGUUCUUCAAGUUGAUUUAUGUAUUUGUAAUUUUUUAAUGAUUGAUUUUGUUAAUGAUAGAUAUAUAAUAGAUUUUGAAUUUAUAUAUAUCUUUAAUUUGAAACAUAUUAUUCAUUUAUGUGGUCUUAUGAAUAUUGAUAACUCAUGAUAACAGUAUAGUUCAAGAUACCAUCAUAAAUUAAAGUUUUUCUUGAAUACUGUUCAGGUCUAACAGGAACUCCAUUAAAACUCUUGUUGUAGGAUAUGAAGGCUUACCAAAAGUUAAGUUAAGCAAAUUGUACUUAAACUUUUCUUCAGCCCUCUUAAUAUUAGUAACAAAUAUAAUGAGUAAAUAUUGAUCAAAGGUACCAGGCUUAAAAUUUGAUAAGGCAGAGGGCCGUUUUUACUACAUAAGACUCAUCAGUGGUGCUCAGAUCAAAAUAAUGUGGUGGUUUAUGUGAGACAUUUUUUAUAUGUUACAAUGACCAGGCACUGUUAGCUUUGAAUUUUACUACUAAAUUAUAGAAUUAAUACCGAUGAAUGGGACUAAAAUCUCUUUAUUUUUGCCUUUGAGAAGGUUUGUCAAAAAAAACAUUGUCAUUCCAUCAAUUAAAGUCAUCAGAAACAAGUGACCGGUGAAAAAUAAUGUUCUUCCAAUUAUUGAACCAAUGCGUACAAACAUCAUAAACUUAAGUCUUUUGUGCACGAAUUUAUCAUUUUUUUCAUUUGAAUUUCGUUUAAUCAUCUUUUUUUUUCAAUCGGUCAGUGUUGUGAAAACAUGGCAGGUAAUUAAAGUUUGUGUUUUGAAUGUAAAUUCAGAUAAUAGUUCAUUUUAAGGACAUCCAUGUGUAUUGCGAUAACUGGAUUUUUACGAGAUGGGUCACACUGAGGUCACUUUGCAUACAGAAAAUGUG